AUGCCCACCGCCCUCCCAUGGGCCUGGACUCGGGGCGACGACGACGGCCCCUGGCAUCCACCCGAGUUUCUCUACGGCUGCCUUUUCCAUUCUACAUAUGAAGACUUCUCCCUCGGUGGAGGCCGCUUUUCCCGGAACCACAUCAGGGAUAUAAAGGCCCACAACCCUAAUCUCGCCGUUGGGAAGUAUUCGCUAGCCCCCCGAUUGAAGCGCCUUCAGUGUGGUAAUGCCUACGGCCAACAACUCCACGGAGGACAGUACGAUGAGAAUGGGCUGAUAUAG